CUUCUUGCUUGACGUCGUUCUUGACAGCAAGAAUAAUUCACAGAAAUUUUAUUUAAAAAAUUCUCCGUAUCCGUCUGCUCUUUACUUGCUUCAGCCAAACCCACAUUGAAAUUAUUCUAGAGAUAUGAUAAAGCGAUCCUGACUCAUACAUUGCGUCAUAAUUUUGGUCAAUACGUCAUAUAGUGCCGUAUCAGUUUGGGUACCAGCUGAUAGUUUAUAAUGAGUUUUCAUGAAGCCAGCUAUUCAGUUGUCCACCGCUGCCGGUAGCCGUAAUAUUCGCUCACGUUUGCGCGCUGGGACUGGCCGAUAACCUUGUUACGUAGCGACUGCAAGGCCACAAUACUAUCGUUUGUAAAAUAGUCAAUUUAGUUGGUCGCGAUGUUGAAAAGUGCGUCUAAAGUGACAAUAAACACUGGGAAUGUGCUAAACCUGAUCGAUAUAAAGAAGAAAGCCGGCCAGAAUGUUACAGAAGAGCUGUCAGAGAGCAUCAAGCUAACACUAACAGAAUGGAACUCCCAGAACGGUCUACCAGUUCAAAACGGGGUGUCUACUCCAGAAGAACAUCCGCAGACCUCUCAACAGCACUCCGACUACAUGGUAGUUCCCACCUCGACCAUUCCAGAGGCCGUAGUGAACAUCACCAGGCCGCAUGAUGACGUCCAGAACAAAAUGGCUGAAGAGGAGAGAAAGAACCUUAAGAUUGGCGUCAAGAUCUUCAUCAAUGAGGACAGCACCAGCUCGCUUACGGAAUGUUUGGAAAAUGUAUUCACAGCCCUGCACACGGAGUAUAUAGACAACGUGAUCCUGUCGUACAACCCCGAUCUCCUGCACAGAGACGAGGCGACUGACGACAGCAAUCUAAAGAACAGCUACGCGACUAAAGCGUCCCCUAUAUCGCUUGGAAGCAAUAUUGCCUCCGAAAACGUUGCAGGCCGUCUUUCCAGCCACGAGGCGGAGGCGGAUAGUGAAGCGGACGCUAGGAAGUGUGAAGCGAUCCUGCCUGGGAUCAAGGUGCUGUGGAGCGUGCUAGAAGACUAUGUUAAAGAAGGUAAUUACCAUCAUCUUCUUUGAGUAUGAAACUGGAAG